AUGUUUAACCAAGUAGUUCUACCUGGCACAUUACCAAGUGGUCUCACAACACUCACAUUCGGAAAUAAAUUCAACCAAGAAGUUCCACCCGGCCUAUUACCAAAUAGUCUCACAACACUCACAUUCGGUUAUCAUUUUAACCAAGUAAUUCCACCCGGCACAUUACCAAAUAGUCUCACAACACUCACAUUCGGUAAUGAUUUUAACAAAGUAGUUACACCCGGCACAUUACCAAAUAGUCUCACAACACUCACAUUCGGUGAUUGUUUUGACCAAGUAGUUACACCCGGCACAUUACCAAAUAGUCUCACAACACUCACAUUCGGGUAUCAUUUUAACCAAGUAGUUACACCUGGCACAUUACCAAAUAGUCUCACAACACUCACAUUCGGUAAUGAUUUUAACAAAGUAGUUCUACCCGGCUCAUUACCAAAUAGUCUCACAACACUCACAUUCGGUUAUUGUUUUAACCAAGUAGUUACACCCGGCACAUUACCAAAUAGUCUCACAACACUCACAUUCGGGUAUCAUUUUAACCAAGUAGUUACACCUGGCACAUUACCAAAUAGUCUCACAACACUCACAUUCGGUAAUGAUUUUAACAAAGUAGUUACACCCGGCACAUUACCAAAUAGUCUCACAACACUCACAUUCGGUGAUUGUUUUGACCAAGUAGUUACACCUGGCACAUUACCAAAUAGUCUCACAGCACUCACAUUCGGUUAUGAUUUUAACCAAGUGGUUACACCUGGCACAUUACCAAAUAGUCUCACAACACUCACAUUCGGUAAUGAUUUUAACAAAGUAGUUACACCCGGCACAUUACCAAAUAGUCUCACAACACUCACAUUCGGUGAUUGUUUUGACCAAGUAGUUACACCCGGAACAUUACCAAAUAGUCUCACAACACUCACAUUCAGUUAUCGUUUUAACCAAGUAGUUACACCUGGCACAUUACCAAAUACUCUCACAACACUCACAUUCGGGUAUCGUUUUGACCAAGUAGUUACACCCGGCACAUUACCAAAUAGUCUCACAACACUCACAUUCGGUAAUGAUUUUAACCAAGUGGUUCUACCCGGCUCAUUACCAAAUAGUCUCACAACACUCACAUUCGGUUAUUAUUUUAACCAAGUAAUUCUACCCGGCUCGUUGCCAAAUAGUCUCACAACACUCACAUUCGGUGAUUAUUAUAACCAAGUAAUUCCACCUGGCACAUUACCAAAUAGUCUCACAACACUUACAUUCGGUGAUUAUUAUAACCAAGUAGUUCUACCCGGCACAUUACCAAAUAGUCUCACAACACUCACAUUCGGUGAUUAUUAUUACCAAGCAGUUCUACCCGGCACAUUACCAAAUAGUCUCACAACACUCACAUUCGGAAAUAAAUUCAACCAAGAAGUUCCACCUGGCACAUUACCAAAUAGUCUCACAACACUCACAUUCGGUGAUUGUUUUAGCCAAGUAGUUACACCCGGCACAUUACCAAAUAGUCUCACAACACUCACAUUCGGUUAUUAUUUUAACCAACUAAUUCCACCCGGGACAUUACCAAAUAGUCUCACAACACUCACAUUCGGUUAUUAUUAUAACCAAGUAGCUCUACCCGAUGCAUUACCAAAUAGUCUCACAACACUCACAUUCGGUGAUUGUUUUAACCAAGCAGUUCCACCCGGCAUAUUGCCAAAUAGUCUUACAACACUCACAUUCGGGCCUUUUUACAUUGAAUGGGCCUAA